AUGUCAUCACCAAGGAAGAGGUCCAAGAUCUACUCAAGUCAAAGUCGACAGCUUACCGAACCUCAGUUACCAUUACAUAUCGCCUUGGCUUGGAUCAUAGAUCGCGUCUUCCCUCUAAACGAUGAUUGUCAACCUGUCCCGGUAUACUCGCAUGGCUUCGUCGCGGACGUCCUCAGGAUAUUAGCCAGGGAGAUACUAGAGGUAGGAAGUCAACCUGCGACUUUCGUUUCGCUUCGAGACGAACUUGAUCCACUUGUGAGGAAGGAGACCACAGAGAUAUUGAAAAGGAACAACAAAAAGAGAAGUAGGGGUCAGAAAGUGCAGGAGGAAUUCGAAGAUGCUGAGAAGUAUAGUAACUGGAUGACUGCUUUUGGGGAUAAAUUUAAAGAUGUUGCAGAGGGAUGCACAUUCUUGGAUAGACUGGAGAAGGAACUACGGGAUAGGCUGAAUUAUGCGGACGAUGAUGAGCCUACAGAGCUGCCAGAACCUAUAGAACGUCAUUCUCCGCUGGGAAUAUUCUCCCGUAACUUGCUCAACACCCUUCGUAAACUUUCAUUCGACGAGACGACCCAUCUCUCACGGGAGAUAGCGAAAUGGUGUGGGCUUCCAAAUGCAGUUACUUCUGUACAUGCCGGUAUAUGGUCUUUGGAUAGGAGAUCAGGAAUGGAAGAUACGCUGGAUAAGAGGAUAAAAGCGAUGCAAGACUAUCAGUCUUCCAACGCUUCAGGAGACUAUUCCAAUGCCCUAGCUUCGCUGAGGCGGUUCUACGAUUAUCAGUUCCCCUCCGCUGGGAGAGGACAACAUCAACAUGCUUUAUUGAACAUAGCUACUUUCCAUUAUUCUACCGGUGGGAUGGAAUCGGCUCAGUCCGCAAUUGACGAAGCUAUACGAGUAGCUAGAACAGCAGGUGACAAAGCUUGCUUACAGCAUUGUCUGAGUCUAGCACAGAGGAUCAAGCAUGAGACUUGUUCUGUAGCGUUCACUCCAUCCGAGACAAUACGUAUACGCCAGGCUCCAAUAUCUACCAGUCGACUGCCGGAGGGGCAGACUCCGAUGGAUCAACUUUGGUCUGUCAAAUCAGCUUUAGAUUUAGGUGAACCUGUGCAUGUUGCAUUCCGUAGAAUUCACUCUUCGUUAGGUAAAGAAUUAUCUACUGAACCGUCAACAACAGACGAAGAGCGAAAGAUCAGUAAAGUGUGGAGAACAGGUCAAAAGCUGGAUAUGGCUGCUUGGAACACUGCCCAAGCUGGAUUAUGGGGUAUGCUGGGUUCCAGCGUGUUAGCGGAGUUUCACGAGGAUCUAGCUUUGGACGACCUGUCUCCGUGGAACGACGGGAGGUUAACCGUGAUAUUAUCCAAGGCUCAGAGAGCCGUUGAAAGAGCAGAGUACGAUUCAGCAUUAGCUAUCCUACUUGAUAUAUCCGUUUUACAAGGCAUGUCAAUACAAUCAUAUCAUAGAUGGUCAAAGGUGGUUUGGACUGUACUUGAGCGAAAAGCCAAGAUGCACGGUGAUGACAUUUUGCUAUCCCAUAUAUCCUCAUUACAACCCCCCUCGGGGUAUUCUCAACGACAAGGUGUUGGCGGUCCAAGUAGAGAAAUAGGACAUCCAGAAGCCAAGUACCUCAACCUUACCGACGAACAAGCACCUUCUAAAGGAAUAAUGUUGAUACAAGAACAUAUAAAAGACCUCUUUAAGAAAGUCGAGAAAUUACAAUUGGCAAAUGCACCAAGUCAUAUGAUCUUACCUGAUAUUUUAUCGGCUGUCCAGUUGACCAGCGAAUUGGGUAUAUGGAGAUUAUAUAGGUUUGGGGUAGUCGUGCUUUGCGAGGUGUUACUGAGUAUGGAGGGAAUAGGAAUGGCUUCGAAGGCUAUUAGGGAGAUUGAAACUGUAUGGGAUCAGAUAUCAGGAGGGGAUGAUAUAGAAUGUAUAGCUAGAGGAUCAAUGUGUUUGGGUAAAGCCAAAUUGGAUGUAGCCUUAGAUGGUGAUUCGGAGGAAUCACUAGAUGAAGCAAUCCAACAUAUUCAACAUUCAAUUGAAGUAUCUACAAAAUUGGAAUCUCGCUCUUUGAUCUUAGAAGGUACUUCUCUUCUAGCGAUGAUCUACGAGCUUCGUGGACAAACUCAACAGCGCGAUGAGCUGUCUCAAAAGUAUAUGAUGGUGAAGUCAGGUGAUGAAGUGGAAUUAUAUAAAGCGAAAGAACAGGCUGUAAGAGUUGGUGAAAUCGUCAAGAUGGCUGGUAUCAGGGUUGCAGAAGGUUGGAAGUGA